CGUGGCUAAGAUAUAAUAUAAAUCUCGUAGUUUUGUUUAUUUUAUCCCAGUGUAUUUAAUUAAACUAUUUCCAAAGCAUUUGAUAAAACUAACUGUAAAUAAUGGAACUGUUGAAAGAACCUAUUCAGCAAGAAGCAAUGGUAUUAUGUUGCAUGUGUGGCAUUGGUAUAGAACCCAAUCCAGCAAACACUUGUGUAGCAUGUUUAAGAACUCAGGUUGAUAUUACAGAAAAUGUUCCAAAACAAGCAACAAUACAUUUUUGUAAGGGAUGUGAAAGGUAUUUGCAACCACCUGCAGAAUGGAUUCAUGCAUCUUUAGAAUCCAGAGAGUUAUUAACAUUAUGUUUGAAAAAAUUAAAGGGUUUAAAUCGUUUGAAAUUAAUUGAUGCUGGAUUUGUAUGGACAGAGCCACAUUCUAUGAGAUUAAAGAUAAAAUUAACAGUACAGGCUGAGGUAAUGGGUGGUGCAGUGCUGCAACAAGUAUUUAUUGUUGAAUUUACAGUAAAUCAUCAAAUGUGCGAAGAUUGUCAUAGAACAGAAGCAAAAGAUUAUUGGCGUGCUUUGGUUCAAGUACGACAACGAGCAAUAAAUAAGAAAACAUUUUAUUAUUUGGAACAAUUAAUUUUGAAGUAUAAGGCACAUGAACAAACAUUGGGUAUAAAACCUAUUCAUGAGGGGUUAGACUUCUUUUUUGCAAAUGAAGCAGCAGCACGAAAAAUGGUCGACUUUCUUUCGAGUGUAAUACCGUGCCGUUAUGAUCAUUCGAAAAAAUUGAUAUCACAUGAUAUUCAUAGCAAUAUAUACAAUUACAAAUUUACAUACAGUGUGGAGAUAGUUCCAAUAUCCAGAGAUAGUGUAGUAUGUCUUUCAAAGAAGUUAAGUCAUCAACUUGGAGGGAUAAAUUCCAUUUGCUUAGUAUACAAAGUUACAAAUUCCGUGCACUUAAUUGAUGCAUCAACUGGACAAAUUGCAGAAAUAAAUGCAACAGUUUAUUGGAGACAUGCUUUCAAUAGUAUUUGUGAUCCAAAACAGUUAGUAGAAUAUACAGUGAUGGAUAUUGAACCAAUAAAAUUUAAGGAUAGAAGAUUCUUUCCAGGACAAGGAAGUAUUUCCACCAAGCAUGUCAUUGCGGAUGUAUGGCUGGUUAGAAGUUGUGAUUUAGGAAUAAACGAUAAUCCGAUCCAUACGCGUACUCAUCUUGGUCACAUAUUAAAGCCUGGUGACACUGCUUUAGGGUAUGCUCUUAGUGAAAGUAACAUUAAUGACGACAAUUUCGAGUUACUAAAUAAAGACUUAGUACCAGACGUACUUUUAAUAAAGAAGAGUUACGCAAAUGACAGAGCAGCACGUCGUAGAAUGAGAGCUUGGAAAUUGAAACAUAUGGUUCAGGAUGAAAACAGCAUGGCUACUGAUGAUAACGAUUACUACGAAUUUUUAGAAGAUAUCGAGGAGGAUCCGGAAAUGAGACAAAAUAUAAACAUUUUCAGAGAUCGUAAGAAAAUAAUUCCAGUGGAUACUAAUGAAUUAUCCGAUCUUAGUUACCCACAGAUCACUCUUGAGGAGAUGCUUGAUGAUCUUGCGAUUGAUGAUAUUGAAAUACCGCAAGUUUUAUAACAAAAAUUUUUAAUAAAAAUGUAAUGAAAAUUACGUUCGCUUCCACUUGAAACCUAUCUUGAAAAAAACGAUGGUAGAUAGGACAUUUUAAUUAAGAAGGACAGAAUUGUAAUUAGGUAAAGUAAAAGAUUAAGUGGAGAAACGCAAACAAAUAAAAUCAACUGCUAUCUCAUGAUUUCGUAAAGAGUGAAAAAUGAAUAGAUGGUAUCGCAGAUUUUUUACGAUACUGAUUGAGAUUUCUUUGAGUAAAGAUAUACAUCAUCAAAGAAACACAAGGAAUCUUUUAUUGUCAAGCAAUUAGGACACACGAUAUCGCGUGCUGAGCAACAAAUAUGUUAAUCCUCUUGUAACCUGCAGGACAUGUACGACCCACUUAAUUUUAUCGCUCUUGCACCUAAGGGGAUAAUCAACAUUCACUUCUUGUGUGUGUUAAUGUUUGGUAAAAUAUUCAAAUACUGUGCCAGACUAACUACUUUGUAGUUUCUUUUGUUAAGUCAAAGUAAAAGUACCUUUUUGACUAA